GACCACUUCUACCACCAGCCACUGGUCCAGCAACACUACUUCAAAAGUAGAUGUAAUCCCAGUAAGCCACAGGCUCCUGGUGUGGUGGUAACCCUCAGCUGAAAUAGGGACCCAAAGCAGGGUAGAGGCAACACACAGCAGCCGGGACCUGUCACAUUACUGUCAGCACUACUGCUGGACCCGGGCACCUGAAUACAGGCUGUGAGGGAGGGUAGCAGAGUGUGAGUGAGAGUAGACCAAACACAGGGAAACAAGGACGUCUCUGCAGCAGAGUCCAGCGUGGGCCUUGGAAGACACUUUUUCCCCUUGAGGCAGAGGGAUCACAGCUGUGUGUUGCCAGAGACUGUUGUUAAAAUUAUUCCAGUUCCUCUGCAAGUUCUUUUUGAAAAAGAGCAAGCACAAUGGAUAAGGAUGCUAUACAGGACUAUGAGUACCCUGACCUGGAUCCUCUGCCAACAAAACUUGAACCAGAAAAAAUCUCACCAUGUGACCCCACUGCUGAUGACAUGCUCUAUCAUUUAUGCAUCACUGCCAUAUCUCUGGUCAUCAUGCUGAUCCUAGCCAUUUUAGCCAGGCGUGCAAAGGUGGGCGACAGACAGAAAGGUCUCUCAGGUUUACUCAGUCCUGUCAACUUCCUGGACCAUACACAGCACAAGGGCCUGGCAGUGGCUGUGUUUGGAGUGCUUUUGUGCAAACUGUGGGGUCUUCUCAUCUCCCCAAAUCCCCUCCCUUUCACAACAGACUCAAAGAAUAAACAGAACUGGGUGAUUCUGGGAGUCUUCUACUACCCCGCACUAUACUACCCUCUCCUGGCAUGUGGCACUUUACACAAUAAAGUUGGCUAUGUACUUGGCAGCCUCUUGUCAUGGACACACUUUGGUGUAUUGGUCUGGCAGAAAAUUGACUGUCCCAUGACAUCUCUGAUACACAAACACUACUCCCUCUUCUCCAGCCUGCCCCAGAUAGCCUGCUUAGCAUUUCUAAGUUUCCAGUAUCCACUGCUUCUGUUCAAGGGCUUCAAGGGUACAGAAAAGACCAAUGCCACAGAGGAUCUCAGCAGCAGCUACUAUAAAGACUAUGUUAAAAAAAUGCUUAAUGAGAAGAAGCCCAGCAAACUGAGCACAUCAAGCUCGGACAAGCCCAAACUCCCUCAAAGAAUAGUUGAUGCUGUGAAGUCAUACAUUUACACACCAGAGGACGCUUUCCGAUUCCCCCUGAAGUUGGCAAUAUGUGGUGUAGUAUCUUUCAUAGCCCUGUAUCAGAUGGGUCUUGUAUUGAUCUCAUCAGUGGUGCCAACUCUCCAGACCGCCCGGUAUGGAGUGGAUGAAGAUAUUGCAAAUGUCUUAGCCGGCUUCAGGAUUAUUCUGUCUCCUGACAAACACGAAGUUGUUAGAAUUGUGGUGUAUUACAUGUGGUGUGUGGAAGUGUGCUACAUUUCAGCAAUGACCCUGUCUUGUUUGGUCAACUUGGCUAUGCUCAUGCGGUCUAUGGUUCUGCACCGGUCAAAUCUGAAAAGUCUGUACAGAGGAGAUAUCUACAAUGUCUACAACUGCCAGCGCAGUAUCAGGGCAUCCAGACCAGCACUGGUCUGUUGGAUGGGAUACACCAGCUUCACAGCAGCUCACAUCUGCAUCGGCAUGAUCAUCCAGACCUUGGUGUUCUUCCUGUGCCUUCUGAUCGCCGUCUUCCUCAUAAUCAUACCCAUCCUGCACAGGCAGAAUCUGAUUCUCUUUCAGAUUUUGUGGAGCAUGUGGCCCUUCUGGCUGAUGAUUCUCUUGGCUGUGUUGAUUCAACAUAUCACCGCCAGGUUUUGCUUUAUCAAAAAAACAGCAGGCACAAGAGACUUACACAACAGGGGUAAUCUGUUCCUGCUCACAUACCUGCUGUUUCCUGUCAAUGUUCUGAUUGGGGUCCUACUGGCUCUCUGGCGAAUGAUUAUCACAGCCCUGUUUAACAUUGUCCACAUGGGACGUACGGACAUCAGUCUUCUUAACCGCAAUGUGGAGGCAUUUGACCCAGCUUACCGCUGCUAUGCUCAUUAUCUGAAGAUUGAAGUGAGCCAGUCUCACCCUGUGAUGAAGGCCUUCUGUGGGCUGCUGCUACAGUCUGUGGGCCAGGACAGCAAAGCUGCGCAGGCGUCUCGGGAUGCCGAAGAGGGGAUCCAGCUGGUUCAGCAGGAGAAGAAACAGCACAAAGUGUCCAGUGCCAAGAGAGCCCGCAGGCACUGGCAGCUCCUGUACACCCUGGUCAACAACCCCUCCCUGGUGGGCACCAGGAAGCACUUCCAGCAUCAGACCACAGAAAGCUUCCUUAAUGGAAGCCUUAACCGCAGCACCAAGGAGGAGAGUAAGAAGGAGGCGGCAACCAAGGAGGCAGCGGCCACCGCCAGCAACUGAACAAGAAUACAAUCCUAACAUUGUAUUGGCUGCAGAGGCUCUAGGUUUGAGUCAAAUACUGUUGUAUACUAUUUGUCCAAACCUACAGUAUAUGUGUCUGCAUUUGGCAAUAGAAGUGUGUUCUAGCUUGAUGCCUCAUGUAGAGAUAUAAUGAAUCUUUCCUAUUUAUCUGGAGACUGAGUCCUUUCUUUGCUCUUUGUGUUAUCUUAUUUGUAUUUAAGGGCGUCAGUCUUAGGUCUGAUGGGAAAGCUUGGGUGGCACUGAUUCAUCUAAAAUAAUUUUCAGUACAUUUAUGUGGUUAUUUUGGGAUAGAACUUAUCUGCCCUAGAUUUUAACCUUAUCACGUUUUCCUAUACAGUGCAGAAGAUGCAAAUUUACACUUGCCGAAACUACCACAUGGAUGUGCAACCCACUGAAACAUCCUUUUUAAAGAGGGUAUUUAUAUAGAAAAAGAGAAUUAUUUAUGAAUAAACAAAUUUAAGUAUUUUAAUAGACUGGCCAAUGAACGCUCUUUUUUUUCAACUCAUUUGGCUACAUUUUGUGUAAUUAAUUUAGUAACCUGUGCAAUAUAGGAGCUACUGGAGAAUUACGCCUUUUCUCUGUUUUGUUUGUAGAAUAUCAAGUCUAAAACCACUUGCUGCUGGCUAAACUCUUUUCUGGUUUCUCAUGUUCAUCCCGUUGCUUGUCUCUGCGUUUAUUUUAAGUGCCGACUGUUAUGUAAAAAUAUAAAGAUCCGACUUUUUCCUUCUGAUUCUUGUGAAAAUAAAGCAAAAACAAAAAGCUUCUCUUUUAUGAUCUGAAGACCUAAAUAUUGAUUUAAAUGCAGAUGUAUGAAAUGUUGCAUUUUGUCUUUGUUGAAAUUAUAUAAGGAGGACAAAGAGAGGUGUGUGUCGA